AAAAGCAGUAGUAGCACACGUUCUAUGUUCUUGUUACUUUUCUUUAUUGACAACCUUUUUCCAGACUGUACAAUAAUGACACCAUAAAUCAUUCAAAAGGUAAUCUUAAAAAAGUUAGCAAAACAUAGGAUGUCACGGUUUGGUUUCUCAGCACUGUAAAUUAAUCAAUUUUGGUAUCUCUUAGGUUUUUGAGUGAAGUUAUUUAUAGGAAUACAAUAGUUGCAAGAGCCAUGUGAAGUUUAGAAACAUAGGUAUGGAAACCCAAACCUUUGAGACAAUUAUUCUUAUUUUCCUUUCGUAAUAUAUUUUUCCUUCAUUUGUCCUCCUCUACUACAAUUAUUCAUUAACCAUUUCUAGAAAUAAACUUCUAUAUAGUUUGUUUAUAUAUAUAUUGCAUGCUUCACUUUGUUGAGGAAUAAGCAGAAUAAGUUCACAAAAGUUCACAAUCAUAACCCAUAUACCAGCUUCCAAUUUCUGAAAUCUUGAUUCAGCACAGAGAGAGUGAAAGUGAUGGAAGCAUUUACAAGAGAUCAUCGAGGUUCACUUGAAGUCUUCAAUCCAUCUUCAUCAGACAUCAACAACGAGAAUCCGAAUUCGAAUCCGAAUCCAAUCAAUUCAUGGAACAAUUGGACAAACACACGCGCCAAUGAAACUCAACAACAACCAACGCGCGACUCAAUUAACUCCGAUGAAGUCACCGUCUCAACUUCCUGGAUGGCGCUCAAGGAAACAACUCCACCUCCGCCAAUUUCCGGCAAUUCAGGCUCCGCUGCAGCACAAAGAGCAGCGGAAUGGGGAUUAGUACUGAAAACUGAUUCGGAGACGGGAAAACCACAGGGAGUGGCAGUUAGAAGCUCCGGUGGUGGUUCGAGAAGAGACUCGAAUAAUUCGAUGAGAAGUUCCGGUGAGAGUUCCGAUGAUGGAAGGGAGUUUAGAGGAAUACCGAGAGUUUCGGAGGAUUUGAGAGAUGCAUUAUCGGCAUUUCAACAGACAUUUGUUGUUUCGGAUGCUACCAAACCCGAUUACCCGAUUAUGUAUGCUAGUGCCGGGUUUUUUAAUAUGACGGGUUAUACUUCUAAAGAAGUCAUUGGAAGAAAUUGUCGGUUUAUGCAGGGAGCUGAUACGGAUCCAAAUGACGUGGCAAAAAUAAGAGAAGCUUUAGCAGCGGGAACGACUUAUUGUGGAAGGUUACUAAAUUACAAGAAGGAUGGGACACCCUUUUGGAACCUUCUCACUAUUGCUCCCAUCAAGGACGAACAUGGCAAAAUCCUCAAACUUAUUGGAAUGCAAGUGGAGGUUAGCAAGCAUACAGAGGGGACCAAGGAGAAGAUGUUACGUCCCAAUGGAUUGCCCGAAUCCUUGAUUCGAUAUGAUGCUCGUCAGAAAGAGAAGGCAAACUCAUCAGUAAGUGAGUUGGUGGAAGCAGUGAGCAAAAGACCAAGGUCACUCAGUGAAUCAACAAACCAUCUUCCCUUCAUCAAAACCCCAACAACGGUUCUACACGGUGGUGGCGGUAAAAAUGAUCAUGGAAAAAAACUAAACAAGAAACUAUCCAAUUCCUCAAGGAGAAAAUCUGAGAGUACUUUACCUUCAUUUAGACGUAAAUCACAUUCAGGAUCAGGAGGUGACACUUUUAAUUCAAUGCAAUCCAUCACGGAGACCCCCGAAAACAAAAACAACUCGCGUCGCCGUUCUUUCAUGGGGUUGAUUAGGAAAAGUCAAUCAAACAAUGAAAGCUUCAAUGAUGAUGAACAAGUUAUUGAUGCCGAUAGCUCUGAGGAAGAUGAAAGGUCUGAUAGUUUUGAUGACAAAAUCACAAAAAAGAGGGAAAAGAGAAAGGGUCUUGAUCUUGCUACCACACUCGAACGUAUCGAAAAGAACUUUGUCAUUACUGAUCCAAGGCUCCCUGAUAACCCCAUUAUCUUUGCAUCUGAUAGUUUCUUAGAGCUUACAGAGUAUUCUCGUGAAGAAAUAUUGGGAAGAAAUUGCAGGUUUCUGCAAGGACCUGAAACAGAUCCUGCAACAGUGAAAAAAAUUAGACAUGCUAUUGACAAUCAAACAGAAGUUACUGUGCAACUUAUUAAUUAUACAAAGAGUGGUAAAAAGUUUUGGAACCUAUUUCAUUUGCAGCCAAUGCGUGAUCAGAAGGGAGAGGUACAAUAUUUUAUUGGAGUUCAACUUGAUGGUAGUCAACAUGUGGAGCCUCUUCACAACCGCAUUGCAGAUGAUACAGCAAAGGAGGGAGAAAAUUUGGUGAAAAAAACUGCAGAAAAUGUUGAUGAUGCAUUGAGAGAACUACCAGAUGCUAAUAUGAAACCAGAAGAUCUAUGGAUGAAUCACUCAAAAGUGGUUCUCCCUAAACCUCAUAGGAGGGAUGAUGUUGCUUGGAGAGCUAUUCAAAAGAUUAUGGAGAGUGGAGAGCAAAUAGGCUUGAAGCAUUUUAAGCCAAUUAAACCUUUAGGCUCAGGCGACACCGGAAGUGUCCAUCUGGUAGAGCUAUGUGGAACUAAUCAACAGUUUGCCAUGAAGGCUAUGGAGAAGAGUGUUAUGCUCAAUCGUAAUAAGGUGCAUAGAGCUUGCACAGAGAGAGAAAUCCUAGACAUGUUGGACCACCCUUUUCUUCCUGCAUUAUAUGCUUCUUUUCAGACCAAAACACAUAUUUGUUUGAUAACUGAUUACUGUCCUGGAGGAGAACUAUUCUUGCUUCUUGAGCGCCAGCCAGCAAAGGUUCUCAAAGAAGAUGCAGUGAGAUUUUAUACCUCUGAAGUAGUUGUUGCAUUGGAGUACCUUCAUUGUCAAGGUAUAAUAUAUCGAGAUUUGAAGCCAGAAAAUGUGUUACUACAAAGCAGUGGACAUGUGGCUCUAACAGAUUUUGAUCUGUCAUGUUUAACAUCUUGCAAACCACAGCUUUUGAUUCCAACUACAAAUGACAAGAAGAAAGGCCAACAGGCUCCAAUAUUUAUGGCUGAACCAAUGAGAGCAUCAAAUUCUUUUGUUGGCACAGAAGAGUACAUAGCACCGGAAAUUAUAACUGGGUCUGGCCAUACUAGUGCUGUCGAUUGGUGGGCUCUCGGAAUUCUUCUCUAUGAAAUGAUUUAUGGAUAUACACCAUUUAGAGGAAAGAAUAGGCAAAGAACAUUUUCAAAUAUUCUCCACAAGGAUCUUAAAUUUCCCAAAAGUAAACAGGUAAGUCUGAGUGCAAAACAGUUGAUUUAUCACUUAUUGCAAAGAGAUCCAAGUAGCAGAUUGGGUUCAAAGGGAGGAGCAAAUGAUAUUAAAAACCAUUCAUUCUUCAGAGGUGUCAAUUGGGCCCUAGUUAGAUGCACGAAACCUCCUGAGCUAGAUGCUCCUCUCUUUGAUACAAAUGGAGAAAAAAUGGAAAACGAGGCCAAAUAUAUAGAUAAUGGUCAAGAGGAUAUGAGUGUCUUUUGAAAAGCCUCUUUGUCAAUCUCCAUUGUCCACACUAUACCACAAGUGGUUCUCGAGGAAUUAAUGCAAUUUUCAGCACAUGCUUUAGUGGUAUGGUCAAGGCUUAAGGAUAGCCCAAUCAAAUUUAUAAACUAGAUUAUAAUGUAAAAUGUUUCAUUUGAAAUUUAUGAACAGUGUGGUGUUUUUGGUUGUGCGUAAA